AAAUCCACAGCCACACCAAGCUCAAGCUCAAGCAUGGCGCACUUAGGCAAAGCAACCGCCUGCACGGCUAAUCUUCUCGUGCUGGUGCUGGUGCUGAUGCUCGUGCUCAGCCCGGCCUCAGAGGCUGCACUCGCUUGCAGCGACGUGAUGAAGGACCUGAGGCCUUGCGCUGGGUACCUGCAGAGCGGGAGCGGGCAGCCUCCGGCAGCCUGCUGCGCCGGGGUGUCGGCCCUGGCAUCCGCCGCAAGUUCUACUGCGGACAAGCAGGCCGCUUGCACCUGCAUUCAGAAUGUGGCUAAGAAUGCGAAUCUGAACAUCAACGUUACGCUGGCCAAGGCACUGCCUGGCAACUGUGGGAUUAAACUUGGAUUCACCGUGGAUCCCAACACCGAUUGCUCCAAGAUCAAUUGAAUUUGAAGGGCCCCUCUAGUCUUGGCCUGCCUGUGUUACAAACCUUCAUUUAUUAAUUAUAAUUUAUCUUGUGACUUGGAAUCACUUGUGUUUUCGUCAUGUCUCAACAAAUUAUCAUUUGUUUCAUUUCAUUACCAUGAGCUGCUUUUACUUUACUGUAUCUCUUUUUAUGUCGAGUGAUUGCAUGUAUUCCCCCAUUUCAUGUGAACAGAUUGUUUACAUUAUCAAAGCACCAAAAUUUGAAGUUA